AUGGAACAUCUAUUAGAUUAUAAAGAUGAUGUGAAGAACCACUUACCAGAUUUUGGUAAUAAUGAUACAAAUAGAAAUAAUACUGAUGACUAUAAUUUAGAAAAAAAAGCACAAUAUACUUGGAUUGCUGAUUAUUAUAGGUUCAAUUUAUUUGUUAGUCUUGUGUCUAUUUAUAAUACUAUAUUUAAAAAAAUUGAUUCUGUAUUAGAAACUAAAUUGGCACCUAUUCUAUUAUCUCUACAAAGAGUUCAAAUAAAUCAAGCUUUAUUAUAUCAAGCAACUUUAGUUUCAAUUAACCAGCAUGUUAACAAAAAAGUUCAAUUUGGUGCAAUGAUGUUUGUGGCCAAAACUAGUGUCCAAGUUGCAGUCUCUAAAGGUGUUACUGAAGAAUUAACCAGAGUAUUAGUACAAUUCAUCAUGAAAUAUUAUUGUGAUACUGGGCUAGACAUAAAGAAAAUAUUCUUAUCUCCAAGUAUAUUUUUCACUAAAGUUGUAAAACAAGAAACAUUACCUUUGAAUAUAACUUCUAAAAUUGUAAAACUUGCUUUUAACUUAUCAUUAGCACUUUUUACAACUAUUUAA